GGAUUUUUUUAAGAGCGUGGCUCUACAGGCUAGUUGAAACCCGGGACCGCUGCGGUGAAAGGGUGAUACAUCUCGUUACAAUUUGAUCGCUUUUCACAGUAAAGAACAAAAAUGAGGGAGAUCGUUCAUUUACAAGCUGGCCAGUGCGGAAACCAGAUUGGUGCCAAGUUCUGGGAGGUGAUCAGUGAUGAGCAUGGUAUCGACCCCACUGGGAGUUACCAUGGCGACAGUGAUCUCCAGCUGGACAGGAUCAAUGUGUAUUACAACGAAGCCUCAGGUGGAAAGUAUGUGCCACGUGCAGUUCUGGUCGAUCUGGAGCCUGGCACCAUGGACUCUGUGAGAUCCGGUCCCUUCGGACAGAUCUUCAGGCCAGACAACUUUGUCUUUGGCCAGAGUGGUGCCGGGAACAACUGGGCCAAGGGACACUACACUGAGGGGGCAGAGCUGGUCGACUCUGUGCUGGAUGUGGUGAGGAAGGAGGCAGAGAGCUGUGAUUGCCUGCAGGGCUUCCAGCUCACCCACUCUCUGGGUGGCGGCACAGGGUCCGGCAUGGGCACCCUGCUCAUCAGCAAGAUCCGGGAGGAGUACCCCGACCGCAUCAUGAACACGUUCAGCGUAGUGCCCUCACCCAAGGUCUCAGACACGGUGGUGGAGCCCUACAAUGCCACACUCUCAGUGCACCAGCUGGUUGAGAACACAGAUGAAACCUACUGCAUCGACAACGAGGCACUCUAUGACAUCUGCUUCCGCACACUAAAGCUCACAACGCCCACCUACGGGGACCUCAACCACCUGGUUUCCGCCACCAUGAGUGGGGUCACGACCUGCCUGCGAUUCCCCGGACAGCUGAACGCUGACCUGCGCAAACUGGCCGUCAACAUGGUGCCCUUCCCUCGCCUGCACUUCUUCAUGCCCGGCUUCGCCCCACUCACAAGCAGGGGCAGCCAGCAGUAUCGCUCCCUCACUGUACCCGAGCUUACCCAACAGAUGUUCGAUGCCAAGAACAUGAUGGCAGCGUGCGACCCACGCCAUGGGCGGUACCUCACGGUAGCUGCUGUGUUUCGUGGCAGGAUGUCCAUGAAGGAGGUGGACGAGCAGAUGCUGAAUGUGCAGAACAAGAACAGCAGUUACUUUGUGGAGUGGAUCCCCAAUAAUGUGAAGACCGCUGUCUGUGACAUCCCACCUCGUGGGCUUAAGAUGGCUGCCACCUUCAUUGGCAAUAGCACUGCCAUCCAGGAGCUGUUCAAGCGCAUCUCAGAGCAGUUCACCGCCAUGUUCAGGCGUAAGGCCUUCCUGCACUGGUAUACUGGAGAAGGUAUGGAUGAGAUGGAGUUCACAGAGGCUGAGAGCAACAUGAACGACCUUGUGUCUGAGUACCAGCAGUACCAAGAUGCCACAGCUGAGGAGGAAGGGGAGUUCGAAGAGGGUGAAGAGGAGCUGGCAUAAGCCGCCCAGUGUCUUACUGUCACUUCCAACAAUCCACUCAUGAAAUAUUGUUGUUUUGCACUGUCCUCUAUGCUAUUUCAAUGUCACUGUUGCACCAGCUGUCACGCUGUAGGCUACUAGUAUUGAUGUCCAAUAAAAACUAUACAUUUCA